CCGGGAGCAAUCUCUAAUUACCUUCCACACCCACACUCGACAUCCUUCACCACACCACGAGCAAUGGUGCUGCACAACAGUAAAUGGGACCGCAAAGCGACGCGAAAUUACAAAAAAAAACACGGUAUCCAGCAGGUACCCCCCAAACCGAGGAAUGCUCGCGGCGCUGCGGUAGACGCGACGAGUGCGGGCGGAGCAGCAGGGGAGUCUGAGUCUGAUCUCACGGGGUCGGAUGGGGAAAAUAGUGAGAGUGCUAGUGAGUCGGAAGAGGAGAUUGGUGUGGAAGGUGUUGCUGCUACGGAAGAGCGGGUGGCUGGUGCGGGAGGAGACCAGACUUCAUCGAAUGCUGUGUCUGGAGAGACACAGGGAGCAGCUGAUAGUGAAGAGCGCCCGAUCCGACGCAAGAAGAAACAUCUGCCGUCCAACGCAUGGAGAUACGAGAUGCAGGAAGCUGAUGAAGAGUACGGCGUCAACUCUGCACACCAAGAAGAAGAGGAAAACUAUCAACGAGAGAUAUCGCAGGCGGCGGGAGACGCAUUGGCGAGAUAUCUGGACGCGGAGGACAAGAAGAUCAGAGAGCUCGAAGAGCGCGAGAGUGAGCUGGCCGAUAUAUUUGAGAGUCAGUUGGAUAUAGACGGGCAGAGUGAAUCAGCGGCGGGAAGGAAAAAGAAGGCGGUUGUGGCUCCGCUGGCGGACUCGUUUACCAAGAAGGGUGCGAAGGUCGUGACAUAUGAUAGCAAUGAUCCGUCGUUUUACGAAUCGGAUCGGAGGAUCGAGAAAUUGAAAUUUACAGAGGCCGUACGUGACCGAUAUAAGCACGCUUCUGUGAAAGAGAGAGAUGCAGAGCUCGAGAGGUUAAAGAGACUGCCGAAGCAGGUUGCCUUCACGGUUAAAAAGGAGAGGGAGAAGGAGCAGAGUAGGAGCCAGGCUGACGAUUUCGACGACGAUUUCUGGAAAGAGAUAGAUCAAGAGGACUCUGGGAAGAGAGAUUCUGCUACGGUACAGGAGUUUACUGGAAAAGCUGCUACGAUCAGGCCUGCAGUCGUCAAAGGAUGGGGCAGUCGAGCAGAGACAAGGCCGAGAGAGACCAAGACGAGUGCAGAGAUACCGCAGGUGCAGGGGUCGACGACUUCGUCUGGAGGAGCGCCUGCCGAUGAUAAAUUUCUGGACGAUUUGCUUCAAUUUUGAUAUUCCCUUUUUCCCUGUUUGCUCGUGUAAUGUAUAUAUAUAGUGCGGUUUGUCGUAUUGACUAGAAGCGGAUGGUUACCGCGGUUUUGUCUGUAUAUCUUUUACUUGUCUUCUAAUUAUUUUUGAAUAAUUCCUGUAUAUAAUUGAACAAAGGAGCAUCUUCUACUCUCGACAAGAAAUAUUGUGAAUAUCUCAGAAUUAGAAGAGCAGAGUUGAGGUUUCGAACUGAGGCUCAAACUAUAAUUCAUUCAAUUUUGUUUCUUAAAAACGACUCCUUCUCAUCCCAUCCGUUUU